AAUGGGGCUGGGGGUGGGGGGGUCUCCGGGACACCCCAAGAUCGGGGUGAGGAGCCCAGGGACCCCCAUAGCGGGGACGGGGACCCCCAUUGCUGCUGGGACCCCAUAAGUGUGUGGGGGUGACCCCUGGGAACGCGGGGUGGUGGAAGAUGGGAGGGAGCCUUGGGACCCCAGAACUGGGCAGGGAGAGCCCUGGGACCCCCAUAAAGGGGAGUUGGAGCCCUGGGACUGCCAUUGCUGAUGGGGGGGGACUUGGGGACCCCAAAACUGUGGUGGGGAGGGGAGUGAACGAGCCCCGGGUCACCAUUGAGGGCUCAGAGCGGCCGCUAGCGCCCCCCGGCGGCGGCACCGGGGCUCUGCGGGCGGUGCCUUCGGCCCUUUUCGGCUCCUUCGGCCUUUCCCGGCCCCUUUUCGGCUCUUUCCGUCUUCACUCGGCCCUUUCCGAUCACUUCGGCCCUUUCCGCCUUCCAUAGUCCCUUCCCGAUCUCGUUCGGUCGUUUCCGUUCUCAUUCGACUCUUUCCGUCUCUCCUCGUCCCUUCUCGUCCUCGCUCGGCCAUAUCCGCCUCUCCUCGUCCCUUUCCGUCCCCCCUCGGCUGUUUCCGUGCCCCCCGGUGCCGCCGGUGCCAUGGCCGGUGGUCGCCGCUCACCGCCCGCUCCGUGCUGCCCGGGCCGGGAGGCGAUGCCCGCUCCGUGCUGCCCGGGCCGCGUGGCCGUGCCCAGCGUGCACCAGAGCCUGUCCGAGAUGGACUUCGAGCGGGGGAUCUGGGCAGCGGCGCGGGACGGGGACGAGGCGCGGCUGCUGCAGCUGCUGGAGCGGAGCGGGGACCCCGCGGAGCGCGACCUGGCGGGGUACACGGCCCUGCACUACGCCAGCCGGAACGGGCACCUGGCCGUGUGCCGGCUGCUGCUGGAGCGCGGCGCCCCGUGCGACGCCCGCACCCCCGGCGGCGCCACCCCGCUGCACCGCGCCUGCUACUGCGGGCACCGCGCCGUCACCGAGCUGCUGCUGGAGCACGGCGCCGACCCCGCGGCCACCGACAGCGACGGCAGAACCGGCCUGCACAAGGCCGCCGAGCAGGGGCACCGGGAGCUGUGCGCGCUGCUCCUGCGGCGCUGCCCGUCCUUGGCCGCGCUCCGCGACGCGCGGGGCCGCAGCGCGGGGGACGGGGCGCACCCGGCGGUGCGGGACCUGCUGCGCCCCUGACAGAUCCCGAUCCGGCUCCGCGUUUUCUGUGUUCCCCAGCACGCCCCGCCCACUGCCCGCCCUCCAACCAAUCACCUCCCGCCUCGCUCUCCCCGCAGCCAAUCACCGCCCUCGAUAUUCACAGGGGGCGGAGCCUCGCCGUGUAAACAACCCCAAUGUGGGGGGGAUUUAAAGGCGCCGCGUCCUUUAAAGCGGUCCCGGUUCUCGGCACCGGGACCCCCCGCGCGGCACCGAGCACAGCCAGGUACAGAUAUAGAAUCUUUAUUAACCCAUCUGGCAAAAAAACCCCCUCCAAAAACCCCAUGAAAUCAAAUUCCACGGUUGGUUUCACAACCGAGGGGGGGGGAGGGAGGGGGAGGGGCAGAACCGGGAGGGGAGGCCCCGCCCCCCCGCCCCUCCCCAAAAAUACAAAUCAAACCUGAACAAUAAAUAGGAAUUCCCGGGGUCGGGGGAGGAAAAGGAGGGGUUUGCAUAGAGGAAGAUUUAAUAAAAAAGGUUUUUUUUUUUUUU